AUGCCACGUGUUCCGCCGAGCCGGGCGGCACACAUCUUCUGGCUCUUCGUACUUCACGUCCAAGCGCCCUGCCUGGGCUGGGUCCCGCCGCCCGGCAGCUCCCUUUUCCCUGACAAGAGGCAAGAGCAAUUUUUCAAGACAUUGCCAGAAUACCAUGUGGUUGAUCCAGCACGAGCAGAUGCAAGUGGACAUUUUCUCUCUUUCAAUUUACACCAUCACAUCUCAAACACGAGAAAGGAGGAAGAUCUCAGCAAAAAGGAAAAUGUGAUCUAUUACAAAAUUAACCAUGAAGAGAAGGAUCUAUUUUUUAACUUGACUGUCCACACAGGAUUUCUUUCCCAUAAUUAUGUGGUAGAAAGGAGACGUGGUAACCACACAAGUGCAAAGAUUGCAGCUCCCUCAGGAAUUCGUUGCCACUUCAUUGGCACAGUGUUGCAGCCAGGUUCAGGAAGUGGGACAGCAGCUAUCAGCACUUGCAAUGGCCUGACUGGGUAUUUCCAUCUGCCCCAUGGAGACUACUUCAUUGAGCCCAUUAAAAAGCAUCCACUGAAGAAGGGCACACCGCAUCCCCAUGUUAUCUAUAGGGCCAACAUCCUUCGGAAUGCUGUAAGGAGAAGACGGGCAGUCCCGGCAGAAAAAGAACAAGCAUGUGGAUUGAAUGAUACCCUCAACUUUUUCAAGCAGCAGCAGCACUGGAGAGAAGCAUGGGAACAGAAUCAUAUGGCUGUCAGAAAGGUUUCUCGGCGCUCUGUCAGCAAGGAACGAUGGGUGGAGACACUUGUGGUUGCAGACAGUAAGAUGGUAGAAUAUCAUGGAAGUGACCAUGUGGAAUCAUAUAUUCUCACUAUAAUGAGUAUGGUCACAGGGUUGUUCCACGAUCCAAGCAUCGGCAAUGCAAUUCACAUCGUUCUGGUCCGACUCAUCCUCUUUGAGGAGGAGGAGCAAGGCUUGAAGAUAGUUCACCAUGCUGAUAAGACACUAGCCAGCUUCUGCAAAUGGCAGAAGAGUGUCAAUCCCAAGAGUGACGUCAACCCUACACACCACGAUGUGGCUGUCCUUCUAACCAGAAAGGACAUCUGUGCUGGCAUGAAUCGUCCAUGCGAAACCUUAGGUUUGUCUCAUCUGUCAGGCAUGUGUCAGCCUCACAGAAGCUGUAACAUCAAUGAAGAUUCUGGCCUCCCGCUGGCUUUCACUAUUGCUCAUGAACUUGGACACAGUUUUGGUAUCCAGCACGAUGGAAAAGAGAACGACUGUGAGCCUGUUGGAAAGCGCCCAUAUAUUAUGUCUCGACAGCUGCAGUAUGAUCCCACUCCACUCACCUGGUCUCAGUGCAGCAAGGAAUACAUCACACGUUUUCUGGACCGUGGGUGGGGAUUCUGUCUGGAUGAUAUCCCUCAAAAAGAAGUUUCAAAGUCUCCCAUCAUUGCUCCUGGAGUGAUUUAUGAUGUGCAUCACCAGUGCCAGCUUCAGUAUGGUUCCAAUGCUACUUUCUGUGAAGAUGUUGAUAACCUUUGUCAAACACUCUGGUGCUCGGUGAAAGGCUCCUGCCGCUCCAAACUGGAUGCAGCUGCGGAUGGAACUCGGUGCGGGGAAAACAAGUGGUGCUUCUCUGGUGAAUGCAUUACAGUAGGUAAGACUCCGGAAGCAGUCCAUGGUGGAUGGGGCAUUUGGUCCUCCUGGUCUCAUUGCACAAGGACAUGUGGGGCAGGAAUUCAGAGCGCAGAGAGACCCUGCAAUAACCCUGAGCCACAGUUUGGAGGAGACUACUGCACUGGAGAAAGGAAACGCUAUCGCAUGUGUAACAUUAGCCCCUGUCACAAAGGCUUGCCAACCUUUCGUCAGAUGCAGUGCAGUGAAUUUGAUACAGUUCCCUACCAGAAUGAAUUCUACCACUGGGUUCCUGUUUAUAACACAGCAAACCCCUGUGAGCUCCACUGUCGCCCAAUAGAUGGCCAUUUUUCUGAGAAGAUGCUUGAUGCAGUCACCGAUGGCACUCCGUGCUUUGAAGGGAGACACAGCCGAGAUACCUGUAUUAAUGGCAUGUGUAAGACUGUUGGCUGUGAUUAUGAGAUAAAUUCCAAUGCGACUGAAGACCAGUGUGGUGUUUGCCUGGGAGAUGGCUCUGCUUGUCAUACAGUGAAGAUGAUGUUUAACCAAACCGAAGGAUUUGGAUAUGUUGAUAUUGGGCUAAUUCCAAAAGGUGCAAGGGGAAUCAAAGUCAUGGAAGUUGCAGAAGCAGGAAAUUUCCUUGCUGUGCGAAGCAAAGACCCAGAAAAAUAUUACCUGAAUGGAGGUUUUAUCAUCCAGUGGAACGGCGAAUACAAAGUGGCAGGCACCAUAUUUCAGUAUGACAGAACAGGGGAUCUAGAAAAUCUGACGGCACCAGGACCCACCAAUGAGUCAAUAUGGAUUCAGCUACUGUUUCAAGAAACUAAUCCUGGAAUCAAGUAUGAAUACACUGUACAUAAAGAGGAAAGCCAUGAGAAUGGAAUUGAUGAGCCAGAUUAUUUUUGGCAGUACGGAAACUGGACAGCCUGCAGUGUUACCUGCGGAAGAGGGGUGCGGCGCCAGAUUGCCCACUGCAUGCGAAAGGGGAGCGGAGUGAUCAAAAACUCCUUCUGCGACCCAGCCACACAGCCAAACGGGCGGCAGAAGAAAUGCUACGAGAAGGACUGCCCACCCAGGUGGUGGGCAGGAGAGUGGCAGAAAUGUUCAACUACAUGUGGCCCAACAGGCCAGAAGAAGCGAACUGUACUUUGCAUCCAGACAGUGGGAUCUGAUGAGCAGGCACUGGCUGCAACAGAGUGCCAGCACCUGCUUAAACCAAAGACCCAUCUGUCAUGCAACAGAGACAUCUUGUGCCCAUCUAACUGGACAGUGAGCAACUGGACUGAGUGCACAGUUACUUGUGGUGGUGGAGUAAGGACUCGUAAUGUCACUUGUGCCAAAAAUAACCGUGAACCAUGUGAUACUUCCAAGAGACCAAAUUCCAAGGCCCUGUGUGGUCUCCAGCAAUGUCCUUCUGCUGGAAGACUUCUGAUACCUCCACUGGCACCUAGAAGAGGGAAGAUCAUAAUCAGAAAAACAACUACUCAUCCUGAAAGGAGUCCUCCUCGCAGAAUACCCAUACCAAGCCCGAGGUCCCAUACAACAGAAAUACCCAAACCUGAAAGUGUAACUCCUACUUUGCCUACAUCCUCUGGCUUUGGUAAUGCCUCAGAAAAAGAAGGAACAGUCAACAGAAUAUUACACAAUAAUUUUGUUGCAUCAAGUGAUGUUUACAAUUAUCCACUUGUUUCUACUGAAAACAGUUCACACCAAAAUACUACUUCAUGGCUUUUUCAUGAUAGAUUAAGUACUGAAAUUACCAGACACGUUGAAAAUGUUUCUGCAAGUGAGCCAGUUUCUACUGUAGAGAGUGAGGUACAGAGAAAUGAGGACACUCCUGUCUCUUCUUUUACCAGUAGUCCAGAAAUAACUCCCAGCUAUGACUACUUAACCGAAGAAUCUGACGACAUUGAUAGGUCACUUGGAGGCAACGAGAAACCAACCAAUCUCCUUAGCAGCACAGAACCCAAUCCUGAAAUCAGAAGCAGGAGCACAACCCUAGAUACUACCCUUCCUGUCAUGCAAAAUAAGAGCAUGACUUCUCAGCCUUCCCCAGCAUCUUAUCACCAGGACCCCUCUACACCCCUCCCUAUUAGCAGAGCAGCACAGGAUGUAGUGUUUCCAACGACAGCCAGCUAUACCAGCCUGCAGGUUGGUGUGCCUGAUGUAGAAGUAACUACCCCACAAGCAUCAGUCACAGUAGUGCCCACAGCAUUCGGUCAUGUACCAAGAGCCCACACUGAAAACAGAAGAGUGACAAAACUACCCAACACUGUAACCACCAGCACACAAUUGUUAGGUCUCAAGCACACUCUCAGGAACCAAAGUGCUUUGAUGAAUGUGACAGAGAACCAUCACCUAAUCACAUCCAACAAUUCGCCUGGUGGUGCCUACUGGAUAAUAGGCAACUGGAGUGAGUGCUCUACCACUUGUGGAAUGGGGGCUUUCUGGAGACGUGUGGAGUGCAGCAGCAGGAACACAUCCCACUGUCAGCACACAAAGAAGCCUGAUCCUGCAAGAAAAUGUUAUCUCCGCCCAUGUGCUAGCUGGAAAACAGGAAAUUGGAGCAAGUGCUCUGCUAACUGCAGCGGUGGUUUCAAGACACGAGAGGUUCACUGUGUUGAUGUUCAUGAAAAGCGACUUCUGAGGCCUUUUCAUUGCCACUUACUCGGAUAUAAACCACAGCUCAGCACUGGCUGUAACUUGGAGCCUUGCUUGGAGUGGCAAGUGGAGCCCUGGAGUAAGUGUUCGCGAUCCUGUGGUGGUGGCCAAAAAAAGCGACGUAUCUACUGUCCAGAAGAAGGCUACUGUGACUGGACAAACAGACCCAAUGCCAUUGCACUGUGUAACAGGCAACCUUGUGUGCAUUGGAUUAACCAGGCAUGGGGAUCGUGUUCUGUUUCUUGUGGAGGGGGCAUUCAGCAAACAACUGUGAAGUGCAUAAACACAGAAACCAAUGAAACCGAAGAGGACAGUAUGUGUGUGGAUAAACCCAAGCCCACGGACUAUCGCAAGUGCAAUCUGCAAGAAUGCAGGAAAAACACAGGGCUGCCCUGCAGCAAAGACCAACUGUCAGUUCACUUCUGCCAGAGGCUGAAAGGCAUUGGCAAGUGCCUGCUGCCGUCAAUACAAACUCAGUGCUGCUUCACGUGUAGUCAUCCACAAAUCCGUAACAAAGCAAGAUACUGGGGUCAACGGGGUCUCAAACAACAAAAUUACACCAAAUCUAGAAGAAAAUCACCUCAGAACCAAGAAAACAACAACCAAGCUGUUCAUCACUAG